UAGUCUCGUGUGAUUAUUGGCGUUGGCAAGUAUCGACAACUUGGGUUUUUUUUUUUCAUUUGACGAGAUCAGGGACCAACUAUAUACUAGUCCCUUUUUUGACUAGUAUACACCUGCCGCUACCUUGACGCACUAUAAAACAGGUGACUUGUUAAAUACAUGUACGAAUUCGACGACAAGAACGGCAGUUCAAAUGAAAUCUCUAAAAGCACCCGUGUACGCCUUAUUUAUCGCCGCUGGAUUGGUGACGUCACAGAAAUGUCCAAAUUGUCCCGAUGCUCUCACUGUGGGAGGCCUGGCUAUAGCUGCGACAUGUUCCUCCGUCCUUGCAUCUUCCCUACAUCUUCGCAAUGAUGCCUGUGCAAAGCAGAUUCGGCGAUUGGAUUCGGAUUGUAAGGGAAAUAAUCGAGACCUUUUUGAAGCUUUCGCCACCUGCACUGAGCAGAAUGUGGCUUUAAAUGAGGAGCUGGAAAACUUACGGAGGGAGUUAGAAGAACAGCGUCAAGUCGUUGCCUAUAGGAGUCUGAUUUGUAGAACCCGUUUCUUGACACAUAACGAAGGUGGAUUUGAGGAAUGUUUAGACUGCAUUACGAUUAGUGAUCCGGACGAAUGCGAUGGUCAAGCCGCCUGUGUUAUUUUGGCUACUAAUGUCUGUGUCAAUGCAUGA